AUGAAGACCAUGAAGUCCCGCCGUUCAGGCGGUGGUGACCGCGGGGGCAUUCGCAAGCGGGGCCCGACUCGCACCGACCGAGAUGGCGAUAUGGACAUGGAUGCAUCUGGUGCUCGUGGAGGCAAGCGUGGUCGCGGUGGCGCUGUUCGUCCGACUGGCGCUGGUCGUCCCACUCGCUCUGGCGUGGGGGAUCGGCCGCAGGCACGCGAGAAGACUUUGGAAGCGAUCCAGAAAGCGAUCUCAAACACCAAGGAUUCUCAGGUCAAUAUCCGACAGGGCAAAAGCGGUGGUGGAAGCAGCCUUGAACAGUUCAGCGUUCGUGGCUGGAAGGCCAGCAAGGCUGCAACCAACCGCGACGGUGGUGUCGAAAGCCUUGUCGCGUUUAUCGAGAGACGAAUGAACGCCCAUACGAAAUCAGGACCCCGCGCUAAAAUCACAAAGUCGCGCGUCGAGGGCGACUCUCUCGUUGUGUUCGUUCGCCCCGACUUGGCAGACAGGAUGCUUCGGAUUAAUGGCAAUCUUUUCGCUGGCGUCCACGUCGUCGUGGAACCUUACGAUGCCUCUUCAAGUGCAGCACUCGAUCGCGAACUGGGUACCACCAACGGCACUUCCGCUGCUACUGCCGAUACCAAGUCCAAGAUGACGACGAUCCUGAGCAAGCGUUACUAUCCGGACACCAAACUUCUCGACCUUUCGAAACUCGCAUCCGAUCCAGAUCUGGUGGCCAUGGGCAUUUUCAACCAGACUUCGACUGAAUCCAAAUUCUUUCCUGCCCUGAUGAAGGUUUGGGAAAUGGGAUUCGACGACCCGGCUCAGCGACGGGCGGCGGUAGAGAGUGUUAGCCUAGCUCACAACCAACUCACAAACAUCACGGCUGUUACAACGCUCGCUCAAACGUUUCCGGAUCUCAAGAACCUGGAUCUAUCCCACAACAAUCUCAAGGAUUCCCGUUCCGUGAUGGCAUGGCGCUGGAAGUUCCGCAACCUCGAGUUCCUCGAUUUGACUGAGAACCCGUUUAGUGCCGAGCCAAAUUUCAAGGAAACCCUACUAAAAUGGUACCCUAAGCUGCAAACGCUGAACAACGUCGUCGUUCGCACCGCAGAGGAUAUUGCAGCUCAGAAGAAGACACCCAUUCCUGUUCAGCCACCCCACUUCCAGGAUGAAGGCCAGAUCGGGGAGAACUUCAUCCGCGCCUUCUUCACGGGCUUCGACAACUCUCGCAACGAUCUCGUUAAGAGCGUCUACGACAAUCACUCCACGUUCACCAUGAAUAUCAACACUCAGGCUCCGAAGGCCCAGCAGACGGAAGCGGCAGGCUGGGAUCCAUACAUCAAGAAGAGCCGGAACCUCCUCAAAAUCAGUCACCUCCCUGCUCGCAUGUCGCGUACCUUUGUGGGCACAGACAAAAUCUCUGAGCUGUGGAACACCCUUCCGCAAACCCGCCACCCCGACAUGGCAGCCCGCCCAGAAAAGUACCUUAUCGAGUGCCACCAGGUCCCUGGACUUCCUGACCCUCAUGGGCAAAGUCCUACCGGUGUAGGUGGUCUCAUGGUCAUGGUUCAUGGAGAGUUUGAGGAGAGUGUUGGAGGCAAGGUUGAGACGCGCAGCUUCGAUAGAACAUUCGUUAUUGGCCCCGGUGGUGGUGUGGGUGGGAUUCGAGUUAUAAGUGACCUUUUGUGUCUUCGCGCAUACGGUGGUUUCGAGGCAUGGAGUCCGGAGAACCAGGCUAUCCCUCAGGCAACCGCAACUGCUCCCAUUGCACCCGCGCCUGCAUCUGUGCCUGCACCCGCACCCGCACCCGCACUCGCACCCGCACUCCUUGCCCAGCCUGGCAUCCCCAAUGGAUACGGUGCUCCUGCUCCUGGAAAAACCGAUAUUCAAGUUCAGCAGGAGCAGCUGGUCGCACAGAUGAGCGCCAAGUCCGGCAUGACGCUUCAAUUCUCGGAAAUGGCUUUGUCAGGCAAUGGCUGGAAUCUUGAUGCCGCAUGGAAGAAUUUCGAAGAGCUGAAGGCGUCGGGCACGCUUCCCGCUACCGCUUUUCUCUCUGCCGCCUAA